UGUAUCUAGAAAUCAACAAUGGAAGUACGAUUCAUGUCGAUGAGUCAGUAUUUAAAUACAAUGAAGCAAAUUAUAACAUGGGUGGUGGCAUGGCGAUAAUUACUGAAGGUAAUAAUUUGAAAAAUCCUCAAUGUAAACAAGAUACUGUGCGCUUAUGGGAUUACAACAAUUCUGUAACGAUAAGGAACACGAAGUUUAUUGAAAAUAUUGCCCAAAAUGGUGGUGCAGUCUCCAUGAAAAACGGAAUAAUAUAUUUCAAUAAUUGUCACUUUGUUAACAAUUUUGCACAUGGUCAUAUUAACUAUGAUGGACCGCACAGCGAAGGACCGUUCAUUUUACACAAUACUACCGCAUUACAAGAAAUACAGUCAUAUAAUCCUUUGGUCUUGAUUGCAAAUGGCGGGAUAGUGGAUUUUGAUAAUUUUACAAUGUUGCGUUGCCCAGUUGGAUCAAAGAUGGAAAUGUUGAAUCUCUCUUAUAACAAAUGGAUAAAUAGUUCUUGUACAUACCACGUCACUAAACUUCGCUUUGUAUGUAAACAAUGUGAUGAAGGCACGUAUAGCUUACAGCAGGGUCACACAUUAGGAUUGAGACCAGUUCAUUCAUUUUCUUGUCUACCUUGUCCAAAUGGAGCCGACUGCUUUACAACCAUCAAAUCAAAGCCAAACUUCUGGGGAUAUUUGAGCAAGAAAAAUAAGCCAUCUUUAAAAUUUAUCAGAUGUCCUGAUGGUUAUUGUCGUGAAGGCUUUACAAACCCAAAACACGACAGCUACAACAUGUGCCAAAGAAAGCGUAAAGGUUGGAUUUGCGGUCAUUGCUCUCCCGGUUACAGUGAAACUGUAUUCUCAACAAAUUGUAAAUUGACAAAAAACUGUUUUCAUUAUUCGUUUUGGAUUGUGUAUAUCGUAUUGGCGUUCAGCAUGGCUUUGUUUUUUAUAUUUCAACCACCGAUUGUCACUUUUCUAGUAAAACAGAUAUUGUGGUUCAAAAAUGAAAGAAAAAAAACUAAACACCUGAGCGAGAACACCAGAAGAUCAUUACGGUCAACAGAGAUGCAGAGAAGCGAUUCUCCGUUUGUUCUCUCCACUGAAGAAAUUGAAAACGAAAAGAUUGAUUCCGUAGGAUUUCUUAAAAUUAUUUUUUAUUUCUAUCAGAUUUCUUACUUACUGCAAACAGAUACAAACAUAAAGCACCUUUUGAAAACAAAAAUAAUUAAUCCUGUUCAGAGAUUUUUCAAUUUUCAGGGAGUUCAUUUCGAAGGUGUAUGUCCAAUACCUGGUCUCACAGCAACUGGAAAACAUUUGUUUGAUGUUGCACCUGUAUUUGGAACUUUACUGGCCAUAUACUUUAUCUACAGUCUUCACUUUUUCAUAAGUAAGAUCUUUCGUGCAUACACUCCAAAAUUUAAACAAUACCUGGGGGCAACAAUGCAAACCAUUCUCCUAGGAUAUAUAAAAAUUGCCAACGUUAGUCUUGCACUAAUUCAUUGCGUUCCCAUAAACUCUGACUAUCGUUGGUUUUAUGAUGGUAACAUAUUAUGCUUCAAAUGGUGGCAGAUUCUGUUCUUUGCAUUUGACGUUGUUGUAUUAUUUCCCUUCAUUCUGGUGUUACCCUGGUUUGCCGUGAAAUUGCACAAUGGAAUGAUUUCAACAAAGCAAUUCUUUCUCGCUUGUGUUGUACCAUUUCCUUUUCUCAUUUUUUGGUCUAUGCAGUAUCUCUUGCAAAGGUGUAGUAUUUAUCGAAGUCCUGUAAACAGGACAGUAAACACUACUGAGUAUACAGAUACGCUGAAAUCCAUCUUUCUCGCUCCAUUUCGCAAGCCUAAAGAGGGAAAGUCAGAUUACUUAGUUGUUUUAUCACUCAUGUGCAUGGCAAUCAUCUGUGUGCUGGCGUUAUUACAUCAUAAAUGUGUGAAACCGUUCCAAAACCCUCGUGCCAACAAAGCAGAAACCAUUUCUCUACUAAGUCUUGCAGUAAUGGCUAUCAUUAAUAUGUGCAAAUCAAUUUUCAGAUUUUCCAUAGAAGAUGAUAGUUACGGAUGGAUAAUUUCAACACUUGAUAUCAUCGAGAUGAUAAUGUUAGGUUUCAUACCUGGAAUAUCUAUUCUUUUGUUUGUAUUAGGGAUAUCAUCAUUGGUGGUACGUUUGGUUUUCAUGGCCAUCACCACCAUACGUAGAAAAAUGCACCGCCAUGACCCAACAUACGAUGAACUGUUGAACGAUAACCAUGAGGAAAACUUAAAGGAAGACUUUGUAUUUUAA